AUGCUCGUCUCCCUCUUUCUCGCCGCCUCAAGCGUCGCCGCGCAAGCCAACGUCUUCGCCGGCGGACCCGUCAACGAUAUCCGCGUGUCGGUCGACCACGUCGUCCAGUGUGAGCAGGCCACCAUCUCCUGGACUGGCAACUCGGGUGCUGUCGACGUCCAGAUCGGCCUCGGGGGAUAUUACGUUGGGACCAAUUGGAUCGCCGAGAUUGCGGCCCAGACCGGCAGCAGCACUUCCUGGACUGUCAAUCAGGCUGCAGGCGCAGGCACCCUAAUUUUCCAGGUGACGGACACGACCGGCGCCUUCAACUACGUCCAGAAUAUCGCGAUCCAAAGCUCGGACAAGUCCUCGUGCCUCACUGGCGAUGGCAGCCAGGCCGCGACCACCUCCGCCCAGAUUUCCAAGUCGAGCGAAUCCCCCGAAUCGGGUUCCUCGAGCUCGGACACAAACCCCCCGGCGGAUAGCCCGACUCAGAGCGCCGGUGACCAGGCGCCGGGCACGGACCAGAACUCUCCGUCGUCCAACCAAGCCGCCGACGCCACUUCGACCCUGACGGUCGACUCGUCGCCCGCCCGCGCCGAGUCUCCUUUGGCAGCCAGUGCGUCGGUCGCUGCUGUCUCUGUUGCCCGGCCUGCUGCGAACGCGUCGCCCUCAAUUUCAUCCGCUGGCUCGGGUGCGCAGCACGUAAGCGUCGCUGCUGGCGUGAUCAUUGUGGGGGCUGCGCUGGUCGCAACUCUGUAG